AGUUGUAGUCCCGGCCCUGCAGCAGCGGCGGUGUCGGUGAACGGGCAGCGGGCGGGGACCGAACUACCCGCGGCCGGGAGGAAGCGGGGCCGGGCUCGGGAGCGGGGCCGCGGCCCGGGAGCGGGAUGCGGUGGCGGUCCGGGCCGCUGCCUCGCUGCCUGAGGCAACACCAUGCACCCGGCUGUGGCGGUGGGGCUGGUGUUCGGCGGCUGCUGCAGCAACGUGGUGUUCCUGGAGCUGCUGGCCAGGCAGUUUCCAGGAUGUGGGAACAUAGUGACAUUCUCCCAGUUCCUAUUUAUUGCAGUGGAAGGCUUUAUCUUCGAAACCAACUUUGGGAGGAAGAAGCCAGCCAUACCAAUAAGGUACUAUUUCACUAUGGUGGCCAUGUUCUUCACUGUCAGUGUGGUGAAUAACUAUGCCCUGAACUUAAAUAUCGCCAUGCCACUGCACAUGAUCUUCAGAUCGGGUUCUCUCAUAGCAAGCAUGGCUCUAGGUAUCAUCAUUUUGAAGAAAAGAUACAGCGUAUCUAAAUACACAUCCAUAGCCCUGGUGUCCGUGGGGAUCUUCACCUGCACUUUCAUGUCUGCAAAGCAAGUGGCAUCCGACUCCAGCUUAAACGAAGAGGAUGGACUCCAGGUUUUCUUGUGGUGGCUGCUAGGUAUUGCUGCACUCACCUUCGCACUCCUCAUGUCCGCCAGGAUGGGGAUUUUCCAGGAGACUCUGUACAAGCGGUUUGGGAAGCACUCCAAAGAGGCCCUGUUUUACAAUCACGCGUUACCACUCCCUGGCUUUCUGCUUCUUGCCCCCAACAUCUACCACCAUGCAGUCCUCUUCAGCCAGUCAGAGCCAUUCCAGGUCCCAGUGAUCGGCCUGACCCUGCCAAUCAUGUGGUUCUACCUCCUCAUGAACGUCAUCACUCAGUACGUCUGCAUCCGCGGCGUGUUCAUCCUCACCACGGAGUGCACCUCCCUCACGGUCACACUGGUGGUGACGCUCCGCAAGUUCGUCAGCCUCAUCUUCUCCAUCCUCUACUUCCACAACCCCUUCACAGCCUGGCACUGGCUGGGCACUGCCUUCGUCUUCAUGGGGACUCUCAUGUACACCGAGGUGUGGAACAGCCUCGGGCCCUUCCUGGCUCGCUGGAGGAGGAGGUCAAAGGAGGAGUAACAGCCUGGGACCUCUCUGCAGGGACCUUUUUAUUGUUUUAUAGAGCAGAGCAGCAGGGAAUGCCCCAGAAGGGGUUGUUUUCUAACACAGGGGAGGUGUUGGCUGUGCCAAGCUCCUGGGAAGCAUGGAGCCUCCCCUGGGAACCCACUGAAAUGGAUCAUGGAGGGACAAUGUGGUUAUUUUUGCAACCCUUUUCGCUUCCAACUUCUCCCCCUGUUUUCCCAUUUGAAGAACCCUUUGUAAGUAAUGGAAAAGCUGACCCAGUUCUCCUUUAGGAGCCCAGCCUUGUGGUGCUGUUGUCCACCCUUCCACCUUCAAUGAGCUGGGCUCUGAGCCUCUUUGGUGCCAUCCUUUAAUGUCCAGGGGAGCUGCUAUGUGUGCAGCAGGUUGUUGGUUACACUGGAGAUUCCAGGCCUGGCUGUUAACCUGAUCCUGUUACCCCUGUGCUCUGCUCCUGUAGAGCCUUCCAGUCUGCCCAGUAGGUCCUUCACUGGGGAGUGGCUCAGGGGGCUGAUUCCCAAGCCAGCAAGUUCCCAUCACUGACAGCAGGGAGUAGUUGAAGUGCUUUGAGGCUUUGCUGAUUCAUAGGAUGGUUGGGGUUGGAAGGCACCUUCUAAGCUCAUCCAGUCCAACCCACCUGCAGUGAGCAGGGACAUCUUCAGCUAGAUCAGAGUCCUCAGGUGUUGCUGUGAUACUUCACCAGCCAGAAGGUGUCCUGGGUUCUUCCUGCCCCUGUUAGGUCUUCAGUAGAGGUCACUUUCCAGUUGCUUCCCACUUUUCCCCUUAUCACAGUCAUGUACAGUGGGUUUUGUUAACAACAGCCUGUGCUGAGCCCCCAGUGCACCCAUGAUCCCCCCCAGAUCCAGCCCCACCUCAGGGUUCAAAUGAUGCCAAGGAACUUAAGGGCCAGUACAGCUGAGCUUAUUUCUGCUGCUGGGGGCUGGUUUUACUGUCCCUUCACCUGGAUCUCUUCUCCGGCCCCUUGGGCAUCAGCAUCGCUUGUGGCAUUUCUGUGCAUCGUAGCAGCAUCCAACUGGUGCAGGAUUGGUGCCUCCAAGAGCUUUGGAUGUGUGAGUGCAGGCAAUGUGUGGCCAGCAAUUCGAGGAGCAGCAGCUGCAGCUCUUCUGGGAGCUGCUCAGUGGUGGGCAGAGCAAAUUGUCUCAGCUUUGGAGCACAAGGAGCACUGUUUUGUGCUGCCUCAGUUGUCCUGGAGCACCUUGUUCCCAUCCUCAUGAUGCUGUCCCUGCUCUGCUGUGAUAGUUAAAGGAUCCAGAAUGUCAACUUCAUUCACGUCCAGCUUGGCCAAGGACGGACUGUUACUCCACCACCCAGCAUCCCAAUAGCUUUCCAACCCAUCUCCCACUGUUAGAGCUGUAUCCAGCCCAUCCUGAGCAAUGGCCACCUUUCCAAAACCUCCUCCGUGAUGGUUUGGUUGCUGUUUUUUACCUGUGCCACAGACAUGCCCCUUCCUGGCUUCUUGCUCACCACAGUCUAAUCAUUGGUGAGUGGAAAAGGGGAAGCCUUGAUGCAGUGCAAGUGCUGAAGCACUGGUGUGUUGUCAGUAUGGUUUUAGCCACCAACCCAAAGCCCAGCAGUGUAUGGACCACUCUGGAAAUGAUUAACUGCAUCCCAACAGUGGUAUGAUGCUGAUGGGACCCACGGCUCCUUCCUGAGGUGCUGUGAAGGGUUUUGAUUUUCCUGAGCCUGGGAAUCCUCUUAGUUCUUGAGUGUCAGACAUGGCAUGUGUCCAAGGAUUCAAUAGAGGGGGACACUGGUUCCCAGCACCUCCUAUGGGUCAGCUCCCCCUUCCAUCUCCUUGCAUGGGCUCCAGGAUGAAGGGUAUUGCUCCUCAAAGCUGUUAACACAGAGCUUCAGCUGCAAUGGGGAGAGAGGAGAAGGCACCACCAAUUCAGCAUCAGAGACUGAGUAAGUGGUGGGGAUUUAGCAGAGCAAUAGCUGAGCAGUGCCUGAGUGAGAGUAACCUGUACAUAGACACUCACCAGGUCACUCUUUGUUUCAAGAUCACAUCUUGUCUCCAGUUCCUGUCCUACUGGUUCAUUCGGGGCUAUUGGGGUUUCCUUCUUUUAGCCAUGUGCUGUCCUUGGCCUUCUCUCAUACCAAGUGUCAACAAUGGGUUGGGAUUCAUUGUUGUCAGGGGUAUUUUUAUGUGACUCGUGUCUUUCUGUAUAUUUAUAACUCUUACAGUGUCAUAGAAGAUGCAGUGAUUCCCUUCCUGCUGCAGGAGAGCACUGAGCUUGCCCA